UCCACAGGCGCUCGCGCGUCUUCGUGAGGAAAUCAGGAGCAUCUUUACUAACUCCUGCAACAGUUUAUCAAACAUUUCCUCUCAGGCUUGUUUCCCAACGACUGUUAGACUGCACAGCUUGGAACCGUAAACACACUUAAGGAUUAAAAACACAAGAAGACAAGAAGAAAAUCCAGUGCUUUUACAGAGAUUCAGAAAUAGGAGGAUGAAGUUAUCAUGCACAGUUUUUCUCCUGCUGAAUUUUGUAUCAUUGUAUGACUGUAAUGAUGCAGCGCAGGGUUGUAUGGAUAAGCACCGAGUGAUGGGGAUACUGCGUCAAAUGGAGAAGUUUCUUAAAGGACAGGAGAUCCGAUUCACCGAAGGGCUUCGGAUUAUGAAGUCCAAGCUCACCAACCUUCAAAACUCAGUGUCCAAGCUCCCACAAGCAGACCAAUCCUCAUCUCAAUCCUCCUGUCCACCUCUGUUGGCUCCGGCCCACGGGAGGAAGUUUGGCUCAAAGUACCUGGUGGGUCAUGAGGUCCAUUUCACCUGUUCUCAGGGUUAUCGCAUGAUAGGACCGGGAACACGUGUGUGCCAUGAGAACGGUACCUGGAGCGGAGUCAGUGUCGUCUGCAAAGAUGUGAGCGUGUGCACCAGUAACCCGUGUCAGAAUGGCGGCACCUGUGUGGAGGCUCUGAACCAGUACAAGUGCACCUGUCCACACAACUGGAGCGGGAGUCAAUGUCAAUACCAGACGCAGACAGCCCCUCCGGAGUGGAGCGUCAUGAAUGACCCGGCCUUCAGCCGCAAGCCCCGCUGUGCCAAAGUGGACCGAGCUCAGCACUGCAGCUGUGACGCUGGCUUCCACAUGAGCGGCACCUCAGACAACAGCAUCUGUCAGGACGUGAAUGAAUGUGAGGUGUAUAAGGCUGACCGUGGCGGGCCUCUGUGCGGUCACGCCUGUGUAAACGUCCCAGGAUCGUACCACUGCUCCUGUCCCACCGGAUACAAGCUGCUCGCUGAUGGAAGAAACUGUGAGGAUGUGGAUGAAUGUCUUACACAACAGCACAACUGCAGCCGUGGCACCACCUGUAUCAACACCGGAGGAGGUUUCCAGUGCGUUAACCCUGAGUGUCCACGCUCGCACGGCAACGUCAGCUACGUGAAGACGUCACCUUUCCAGUGUGAAAGGAAUCCCUGUCCCAUGGAGAGCCGCUCCUGUCCGUUUGCCGCUAAGACAAUUUCUUACCACUACCUGUUUCUGCCGUCCAACCUGCGCACGCCGGCCACCCUGUUCCGCAUGGCCACCGCAACAGCUCCGGGUCGGCCGGGUCCGGACAGCCUUCGCUUUGGCAUCGCAGGUGGAGGUGACGCCCGGAGCAUGUUCGUGAUGCAGCGCUCAGACCGUCAGACCGGAGAGCUGAUCCUGGUCCAGCCACUGCGAGGCCCACAGGAGCUCAGCGUGGAGGUGGAGAUGUCCGAAUACGCCGACCGUGCAUUCCAAGCCAAACAUCUGGCACGGGUCAACCUUCUGAUUUCACCCUACGAGUUCUGAAGAGGCUGGUCGCUGUCUAAACUGAGUGUUGAUGUUUAGACUUGAAGAGGAAAGAAUGUUUUCCUUGUUGCUAAAGCUGAAUGAUAGAGUUGUUCUCAGAUAUUGAUGCUGGAAUAGCGCAAAACUGUAAGAUAUAGAAAGUACAGUGGAAAGUCAUGCUCAUACGGAAGUGAAAUUAUGAUCUUUAAGGUAAUAACGCUAAAUAAAAAAUCAUAUAAAAUGCUUUUGCUUUACCUGUUAACACAUUUCAUGGUUAAAGAUUA